UACAGCCAAGUGCACCUGUUGCCAUCUCCAGAAAUGUAUAACCACGUUGCGAUGGGGCUGUGACAAAGCGAUAUCCUCUUCUUGGCAAGUUGAAGCCAGUGCUAAGCGGAACUGCCUUUCUGCCGAGCCUCGUCUUGGUCUCCGGCGCCGGCCACAGAAUGAUGCCAGAAACAAAACGCCGCAGAUGCCAAUUCGGCUUGGCCAUGAGCCUAUCGUCCGGGUCUGCCGCAUGGAACGACACGCCGAUCGUCGCGCCCGUCCGCGCCACCAGCGACAACGUCAUGGUCUACAGCCUCGUCAUCUUGGCCAACCUUGUCCUCGUGCUACUGGUCUUGGGCAUGAUCUACAUGCGGCGGCAUGCGGCCGACAAACCCAACGAGCGCCCGAUGGCGCCCACGGACCCCAACGACGAUGACGACCGGUCGAGCAUCGGCGAUGGCAUGAGCAGCGUCGUGCUCCUCGAGGUGCUCACGCCCUGCGAGCAGAUCGUGACGAGCGCCUACAGCUCCGUGGAGCCGCCCGUGAGCAUCCACAAGACCAAGCUCAGCAUGCUCAGCGAGGGCCGCGAAACCAACUUUGAUCAGCUCAGCACCUACGGCGGGGGCGACGAUGAUGACGACGCAGACGUCAUCAUGCUCUCCCGCGACGGCAUUCCGUCCAAGGUCCUCUCGCGCUGGUCUGCGUUCCACUACCGCCCCGGGGACGCCGCGGCCGACGACGAGACCAAUCGACACGGCGCGCCCUACCGCACGACGUACCCGAAUCCGUGGACAACGAGCUGGUCCGUGCCGACGCUUUUGGAGCCCAAACCGCACGCCGCAUACGCGCAGCAGCCGAUGCGCGCAGAACAUGAAAUGACUCGCUUGAGCGCUCAGUCGUCUUGGUCCCAGUGGCACAGCGGCAGCUCGUACGGCCAAGAAAGCGAGCUCUCGAUCGGUCUCUCUGAGGACGACGAUGGCAGCGUGUCGUCCUUGAACGACGACCGCAUUAGCUUCGACUCGGCCGCCCUCGAGACGCACCUCGCGUCGGCAGCGUGACCGACGCAUCAUAUUUAAACUUUUUAACUUAGUCGACGCUCGAUGGAAAUAGUCGUCCGACCAAGGUGCAAGGCUA